AUGGCCGAAUCAGACUCGGAAAUCUCGAACAUUGUGGAACAAGUUGUCAGUGAUGCGAUUCUCGAAGUUGAAAGAUCACUUCUCGAAAAUGAUCAUCAUGAAAAUCUAUCGGUUUCGGUGCUAACCAACUCACCCGAAUAUGCGCCAACAAUGCUUCUCUCACCAACAUUGUCACAUGUCACAAAUCCAGAUGUGACUGUCGAUCCGAUGGAUUAUGAAUUGAGUGUUGCGUCGGCGAUUUCGAGCGAGAAAACUAGAAAUAAGCAUUAUAAUGCGUGGCUUGAUAAGGUGAAUUUUCAUGAAAGCGAAAAAUAAAAUAAAUUCAAACCACGCGCGUUGUCGUCAACGCGGAGUCUCGUUGUUUUCUUUUUUAUUUUUCUUCUUUUUUUCGCUUUUCAAUUUUGAACCAUUUUGCAGUACCUCGCUGCCAACGGCGGAAAUCUCUACCCAUCUCGCGAUGAGAAAAAUCGCCUGGCCGCUGAAAUGAACAUCAGCGUUGAUCGAGUCACCCGAUUUUUUGCGAAUCGGCGAAGAAAACAAUCGAAGAAUAAGCCGAAGAAGGGAGGACAAGCCUCGCCGGUUACAAUUAUGGCAACUUCUGGUGGAUUGCAACAAAUUGUCAAUGAGGUGAGUUUGGGAUUUGGGAAAAAAUCAAAAAUUAGGUCAGCGAGUGGGGUCGAACCCGGGUUUUGCAAAUAGUAGGCAGCCCUGUAAACCACUCGGCCAUGCUGAUGUGUUUUUUUAUUUUCAAAAUUGUCAUUAUAUUCAAUAUUCAAAAAAAAAUAUUAUCGAAAAUCUUAUCGGUACCACGCGCCCCACCGAAAUAAACACGCAACGCAGACCGCGCCGCGCUAUAACACACACAAAUCAGGGAACGAUUCAAAUUCCCUCCCUUUUGUGUGUGUGUGUGUUGUGGCGCGGCGCGGCGCGGCGCGGUCUGCGGUGCGUGUUUAUUUCGGUGGAGCGCGUGGUACCGAUGAGAUCCCAAACCUAAAGAAAGAACGAAAAAAUUAAAAGUGUGUGUCAACACCAACUGGUCCGCAAACAUUUAAUCUUACGCGCUGACGCGAAAAGGCGCUGCAGAAUAGAAAACACGCUGCUCGCCUACUGUAUUUUUUGGGGAUUUUUAAAAAUGGGAACCCCUCCCCCCCCCCGGAUUUUAAAAGGGACACGUUAAAUGUAUGAACAUUGGGAACCCUGAGAGUGUUUCAAGCUUUGCUUUUCCCAGGGAGAAUACUAGUUUUCGAUAAUAUGUGGCCGAACUUAUUUUGGUGGCCGAGAAAUGUCGGGAGUUCGGCCAACGCAACAAAAAUUUUAUCCCUGAACUUUGACCCUCCUAGAAACAUUUUUUUGUAAUAAUGAAAAACGUUUUUUUUCAUUUUCUUCUUUGCAGGCAUCUGCUGUCAGCCCACAAAUUGUCGAUUUCACACAAGGUUAGUCUCUUUUCUUUCAUUUUUUCUGAUUUUUUCUUUUUUUUUUUCUCAGCAUUUUUUCAUUAAUUAGACAAAGUUACUCAUAUUUUGAAUAUUCUUAUUCUUUUUCUAUUUUUACUCUGUGUUCUCUCUGCGCGUUCUCCUCCUCUCGCACACUAUCUCGUUUUGGCGCGGCGCCGCCGCUCGACACGAUUGGUCACUUUUCUCUGGCGCUCUCUCCAUCCGCCACACACUAUUUCCGUUGGUUGGUUGGGCCGCGAAGCGAAGCGAAAAAAAAACGAGAAGGAUACGAUUUUUUUUCCUCUUUGCUUAUUGAUUCGUUUUUUGAUGUUCUUGGCGAGUUGUACAAUUUUUCUACAUUAAGGGAACAUCUCUUGAUUUUCCCGCGCGCGAAAUAUUUUUUUGAGAAGUAACAUAUAUGUAGAUUUGGCUAUUUUUAUGUUAAUGCAUUUUUCUGUGUUCAUUUGGGUCACAAAUACAAAUAGUUUCCCGACCCGACCCGACCCACAAUAUAAAUAUAAUCCUCUUUGUAGUUUUAUUGUAAACUUUUAUUUGGAAAUUUGUGAAAAUUUUGAAUUUGUAGAAAAAAUUCGAAAAAAAAUUUUUGAAUUUGAAUUUUUGAAUUUCCAAAAAAAUCUUGAUACUUUGAUAUCUGAAGGUAUGUAGUUUGAACCCUGAAUUUUGAAUAUUAUUUUUUUAAUUUCCAAAAAAAAAUCUUGAUACUUUGAUCUUGAGCUUGAGCUCCUUAGAAGUUGUUUUCUGAUAUUUUUUUGAUCUCUGAAAGUAUGUAGUUUGAACCAUCUUCUAAUUUCCUUCAAUUAAUUUUUUUGAAGUUUAGAAUUAGCUGAACCUUUUGGAAAGUGUCAAAAAAAAUGUUUAUAGUUUGAACAUCCACCCCUGCUCUAUUUUUCAAUUUCCCCUAUCUCAUAACAAAUUUAUGCGCGCGCUAAUACUAUAAUUAUAGUUUUGAAGGGGGCUGUUGGCAGGUGCAAACAAGCUCUAGAAAAUUAAUAAAGAAAAUGAACAGCCGUAGUAAUUAUUCUCGAGCCGCGCGGAUUUUGCCGCUUUUCAUUUUCUCAUUUCAUUUUUAGAAGAAGAGAUUUGUCUAGACUUGGUAACACCUUUUUGUGCUCUGACGGGGUCAAAGAAGAGAUGCUCUAAAAAUUAUUAGGGGGGCCAUCUGGUAUUUUGAACCAAGCGAUGUGAUGUGAUGUCUAUUAUAUUUAUAUUUAGAUAUAGGCCGACAGCCACCACUCAAAUGGGACGAAAAACCGCAGAAAUGACCAAUAGUCUGGUUUAUUAGUCUAUCUCUCUCUCUUCUAUUUUCUUUCGAUCUUUCUGUGUUUAUAUACGCUUUGUUCUAGAUUCAGAUUUUUUGCGGUGUGGUGUUCUUUGUGUAGAAAUGUUGAUUUUGGUCAAUUUUGAAGUUGUAAAAUUUCUAGAAAUUUUUAGAUCUCUUGAAUUUCUCUACGGAUUUUUGUUAAUUUUUAUCCGAACUCUAGAAGUUCAGAGAAAAUUUUAUUUUAUGUUGUUGUUGUCUGAAAUUUAAAGUUAAUUUCUGAGAUUUUUUUUUCAAGUUUCCAAAGAAAUUUGUAAAAUUUUUAGAAAUUUUUAAAAUUUUAUGAAUUUUGCUGCGGAUUUUGGUUUGAUUCCGACCAUACAUGUUUUACCCCUGGAUUUAUCCAGGGUUGCGGUCUUACUAACUCCGAAAAAAAUUUGAGGUCCUACUAACUUUUUUUUUGAAAAUAGAUUUUUUUGAAAAUAUUUUUAAUUAGUUAUCAUCAUAAAGUUUUGAACAUGAAAUAAUUUUUCGAUUUCAAAAUUGCUCUAGAUUAUGUCACAAGGUCCACUCUUACUCAUUAUCCAAAAUAAAUGCUUUUUCUGAAAGAUCUAGUGAGACCGCCGAACCAAAAACUCUCAAAAAUAUACUUUUUUCAACAAUACACCACUCUUAACAUAAUAAAGUGUUAACGAAAAUUGAUUUUUGCAUCUGAAAAUCUUUCCAAGUUAUGUCACAAAGUCUACUCAAAGGUAUUAUGCAAAAUAACUACACUUUCUAAGAAGUCUACUGAGACCGCCGGCCCAAAAACUAUCGAAAAUCUACUUUUUUCAUCAAUACACCACUUUUAUCAUCAUAAAGUGUUGAACGAAAUUUGGUUUUUGUAUCUGAAAAUCAUUCUAGGUUAUGUUACAAGGUCCCCUCUUAGGUAUUAUGCAAAAUAAAACCCCUUUCUAAGAAGUCUACUGAGACCGCCGGCCCAAAAACUAUCGAAAAUCUACUUUUUUCAUCAAUACACCACUUCUAUCAUCAUAAAGUGUUAAACCAAAAUUGAUUUUAGCAUCUGAAAAUCGUUCUAGGUUAUGUUACAAGGUCUAUUCUUAAUUAUUAUCCAGAAUAAAUGCCCUUUCUGAAAGGUCUACUGAGACCGCCGGGCACUUAUAUAAAAUUCUGGAUAAAAUCCAGGCUAACCCUGGAUAAAAUCCAGUGGUCUCAACUAUUUUCCCCAUGCAGCAUUAUUUAUCAACUUCAUAGUUCAAUAUACCUCAAUAGGACCUCUAGACACACUGUGCAAAUUUUCAAGUGAAAAUAUUAAUUUUGACAUACUUUUCUAGGUUUUGAGUUUUCUGGUAAUAACCAAUUUUCAACAUUUUCGAAUGGAAAAAAGUAUUUUAUCGUAUUUAUUCAUUGAAGAUAAGCUUUUAUAUUGUUGUAUAAGAUCUAAAGAAUUCGUAUUUCAAUUUACAAUUCAAUCCAUGAUUUUCUUCUAUAUUUUUUUGAAUAAUUGAAUGUAAAAUACAACAAUGUAAUUUACUGUUUGUGUUUUUUCUAUCUCUCAAACGCAUCCUAUUCAAAUGAGAAAAACAGCAUGCGGGUUAUGUGGGCACACAUAGCGCAGUGGUAGAGCGCUGAGUUAGGGACCCAAUGGUAGCUACCAUAGGGUUCGAGUUCACAUACUGGAAACGUGUUGCAAAAUUUUUCAAUUUUUUUCGAAAAAAAAAUAAAAUUUUUUUUAGUGUGGGAGGCUUUUGCCCCCCACACUAACGGUCUUACUAACUUUGAAAAUUUUUAUUUGAGGUCUCGCUAACUGUAGGGGUCGAUCCAGGGAGAAAAACAUGUAUGAUUCCGACUCUGAAAAAUUUGAAAAUAAGUUAAUUUGUCUGGAAACUAAAGUUAAGAUUUUCAGCCCAAAACCCUCAGAUUUUAGCCCGAAAUUCUGGAUAGAGGUUUUUUUUGGUUUUCCGCAUGUCUGAAAAUUAGAUGGAAAUAAAAUUCAAUUUUCUUAAACUUUUCGAAAAAUUUAUAUUUCAUUUUUUUUUUGCUCCGAGCUUUUCCUUUUCUAGAAAAUUCUCAAAGUUCCUCAAACCGUGUCCCUCCCCAAAUAUUUUCCCUUUCACGAUACGUUUCAAAGAUAGAUCGAAGUGAAACAUGUAAUUUACAUAAAAGGACCACCUGUCUAGUUUUUUUUUUUGUUUUUUUUUGCCUCCCUCGAAAAUCCCAUUUAUCUAACAAAGUCUGUCCUUUUUUCCUUUGUUCAACAAUUUAUUUGACACACUAAAAUUUCACAAUCGCCAGUUUUUUAUCUCAAUAUUUUUUUUUAUUUUGUUCUCAACAGGCAGGUCAUGUGAGAAGAAAUGAACACUUUUCUGUGUGAUAUCAUUUCUUUUUCUCUCUAACUUACUGAUUAUUACCAAUAUUAUUCUUCUUGUUAAAUAUAAACAAUCCUCAUUUUAGUCUCUCUCUCCCCUGUUUGCUCUUUCUCUGCGUCUCUCACCUUUCCUAUACUCUCUCAGUGAUUAGUGAUUGAGAGACGCAGAGAAAUUGAGGUGUGUCAUUUACUUAUUAAUCAUCAUUAUAAUAAUAAUUUUAAAAGUAUAGUUUUUGGCGCGCUCCCAAAAACCUUGGAAAUUUUUAUUCAUGUAUAUUUUUUCAACCCAAAGUGUUGUUGACCUUGACUUGCGCAACAAAUACGCGUGUCAGAUAAAGAAAAUUUCGCAACUUUUACAUGUUCUCUCUGCGUCUCUUCUCUCUCUCUCUCUCUCACUCGUUUUUUUUGCCAAUGGCAAAAAAAUGAAGAUGAUUUUCGAAAUUUUUCGUAUUUCUUUUUUCUUUGCGGCCUUGGGGUGGAGAGUGAAAUUUUUUAAUGAAAAUUAAAAAAAAACACAAAUAAAUUAUGUGUGCGAUAGAGCGAACUUGAAUUUUUGUGUCACCUUUUUUAGCAAAAGUUUUUUUGAAGGAGUACUGUUGAUUAAUUUGUCUGCAUACACCGCGCACUUGAUUUCACGACUUUUCGAAUUUUGAACCAAAAUCUAAGCUAUCGCCUUUGUUUCUCAACGAUUUUCAAUCUUUUUCUUUCUUAUCCAAUUCGAAUUAUAAUAAUAAAUGUUCUUUUUCUCUCUUUCUCCCCUAGGAGGUUUUUCAUCAAUUCUGGUUUUUUCGUUCAUUUUUUUGUCUGCUGCACUUUCUUCUUCUUUUUUUUGUUGCGGCGAAAGUUUUUUGUUUGUUUUUUGAUUGAUUGAAACCCUAGGUUUGGGUAACUUCGAAAUUUUUGUUGCGAUCGAUUUUUCUUUACUACACCAAAACCAAAAACCACCUGCGCCUUUAAACGCGCGAAACCAUCUGUCUCUAAGGAAUUAUUAAGAAAAAGAGACAAAAACACCUGCCAUCCCAUUUUUUUUCCGUCCUUGGCGCACACCAUUUCAUUUCGCUCGUUUUUCUCUCCAAAAACAAGCGAAAUAUAAUUCUUUGGCCUCUGAAAGUGUAGAUUUUUUUGCGAAAAACAACAGUGCAUUUGCACUUUAGAGACGACUUGUUUUUUUUUUGUCUGCUGUUGUAAAGUAUCAGUCUUUAAUUUUGUAUUUAGAGCUUGCAAGAUUUGAAUUCAGAAUUCAGAAGCUAGGAAAUAGUUUUCCUGAUUCAUCUCGAUGAGACGAAUCAGAUGAUGUAUUCAGAUUUCUCUGAAAAUGCCUCUAACAUGCUGAAAAUGCGUUGAAAAUGCGCGCACGCUGAAAACACUGUGCCCGGAACGCGACAGCAGAGAAAAUGUUUUGCCUCUACCCUUUUCUCAUACUCUCUCGUGUGUCUCUUUUUCUCUCGCGUCUCUUCACAACCCCACACACUCUCGCUGAAAACUGACUUUUGAAUAAAAACCGCAAUUUAAAAGCUUGAAACUCGGAAUUUCGAAGAAGUAAGAUGAUGAUCAGAAAGAGGAAGAGUAGUAGAACGCAGAGAUAUGAAAUUCACCCAAAAAAGUUCUGGAAACGGCUUUCAAACACGGGUUUGAAAAAAGUGAAUUUCUAUUUUUCAAUUUUUUUCAUCCAAAAAUGAAUUUUCCCAAAAUUUUCGUAACAGAUCUUGUAGAGAAGGUUAAGCUGGUUAGAUUCCAAUAUCAAAGUCUUAACAAUGAUAGCUACUUCAUGAAUUUAUCGCUCUCAAAGUUUCAUACAUGGGCAAGUUUUGACAGAAAACCAUGAGUUCAAAUGAACAUUAUUUGAAAUUAUGUUUUAACAACAAUGUAAUAUAGGUCUUCCUCUUUCAAAUGAUGUAUAAAACUUCAGCUUUUUGGAAAUAAUUCGAUGAGAAAAUCCAGAUUUGGUUUCAGAAGUUUUUUUCCCCAGAAAAAAAGAAUGGCCGAGAUUUUUUGUUCUGGCCGAACUAAUCGGAAACUCGGCCAUUGUUGCGCUCAGGGCACAGUGUGAAAACAAUUUCUAGUGUGUAAACACCACGACGCACAAAUGCACACAUUUUUGAGUACCGUAGUCAAAAUGACUAAUCUAUUUUUUCAACUCUUCUAAUCGUAUUUAUUGCCAUUCUCUCUCUCUUUCAUUUUCCUUUUUUUCUCUUCAUGAUAAAAGGGCAUUUUUAAUCAGUCAGCCAUUUUUUAUCGUCUCUCUGUCUCAAAAAAAUGUUUGUGAUAAAAAAAAAUAUUUUUCAGCAACACCAGCUCAACAAAUUGGAGGAGAGGAGAAAGAAGCGGAGAAGACUUUUCUUGAGGUUUGUGAUUUGAAAAUUGAAAAUUGAAAAUAUUGGAUAACUCAUAUAUUUUUUGUUUUAGAAAAUCAUGGUCGCACUAUCCAACAAUGUUCAACAAAUGGUUGCAUCACAAGAACUUGCCCAACUCGCCCUUUUCUUUGCCCAACCACAACAGCAACAACAAUCGGCUGAAAAUCCACAAAAUCAAGCUGAACAAGAAGCGAAAUUGCUUGCAUUCCAACAACCAAAUGUGCAACUUUUGAUGAUCUUCCUUCAACAACAACUUCAAUCCGGAGCAAACAUCAAUCUUGGAUCGGCUGUGCAACAAGUUCAAACCUAUCUGCUUCAUCAGCAAUUGUCGCAAGUUCAGGCGCAAGUUCAACAACAGGCUGCGCAAUUCCAACAACAACAGAAAGAGCUUCAGCAACAGCAACAAUGGGGUGGAAGUAGUAUCAGUGCAAGUCCGAUUAUUAAUUCGGAUAGUGAGAUAUCGGAACAAUCGGAAUUAUCGCCAAGAGCAUAUUUGCAAAUGCUUGAGCAACAACAAAAAGCGGCGGAUGUUACGCCAAAUGAUUUGGAUCGAAUGAGAUCGCCACCAUUCAAGGUAGAUUUUUUUUGCAAAUUAAAAAAUUGGGUUUCAUUUUUUUUUGAGAAUCGGGAUUUUUUUUUUGAAACUUCUAGCAUUAUGAUUUAUUCCCCACUAUGAAAAAUGUGGGUUUCCUAAAAUUUAAAAACAUGUUUUUAAAUUUUCCCUAUUGAACUUCAGAUUUAAUUUUCAAAAAAUCAAAAUUCAGAAAAAACUUGGGAAAAUCUUCUUGGAAUUGACCAAAAUUUUGAAAUUUUGAAAAAGUUUUGGGAUCUUUUAUUAUUCUAAUAUAUUCAUCCAAUUCAAUGAUUUUCCAAAAUUUCAUUGAAUUUUUUGAACUUGGAAUUUUAUCUAAAACUCAGAUGUCUUCUUUUUAACAAAUCGAAAUUUGAGAAAAAAUUUUUUUUUCAAAAUUCGAAAAAAUUUGGGAACUUUUUUUGUUGAAGUUUUUCUUCCAAGCCAAUGAUUUUCUAAAAUUUCAGGAAACUGGAUUUUUAACAGAUUUUUUUAGUAUCACAAAAUCCUGGAUUUAAUUCUUUUAAAAAAACCCAUAACAUUUUUCCAGGAUCCCCAUCAACUCGCCGAUCCAGAAAUGACAAAACUUCUCGACGCUCCCUCAACUUCAACCGACGUCUUCCAAUUCGCUGACAAUUCGGCAAGCUCAUUGGCAUACUCGCGACUUUCGGAGCGAGAAAAACUCGCUGUCGCCGCGUUGACUGAAUUUGGCAACCGAUCAUAUAUUCGUUAA